UAUGGAGACCAUCACCCAGGGGCCCCCCAAACACUGCGCCCUCCUGCUGGCCCUCUACCUGUCCACACUGAUCCUGCUGGGGAGAGGAGAGGACCCCCGACUGCAGAUAUCCCCCGAGGACCUACCCCUGCAGAGCAACAGCCUGGCUGUGGCUCUUGGAGAAAUGCUGGAAUAUAACCAGGACAAUGGGAUGAGGCUGGAGAAGAAGGCGGCCCAGGUGCCCCGGUGUGAUGUCGGGGAGCGCUGCGCCAUGAAGCACGGACCGCGGAUCGGGAAGCUGUGUGACUGCCUGCGCGGAGCCUCCUGUAACUCCUUCAUGCUGCGCUGUUACUGAGGGGCCACACACCCUGCACCCCCACUCACCCUCAAUGUAGUGUCCCCUCCACUCCCACUCACCCUCAAUGUAGUGUCCCCUCCACCCCACUCACCCUCCAUGUAGUGUCCCCUCCACCCCCACUCACCCUCAAUGUAGUGUCCCCGCCACCCCACUCACCCUCCAUGUAGUGUCCCCUCCACCCCCACUCACCCUCAAUGUAGUGUCCCCUCCACCCCCACUCACCCUCAAUGUAGUGUCCCCUCCACCCCUACUCACCCUCAAUGUAGUGUCCCCUCCACCCCCACUCACCCUCAAUGUAGUGUCCCUGCCACCCCACUCACCCUCAAUGUAGUGUCCCUGCCACCCCACUCACCCUCAAUGUAGUGUCCCCUCCACCCCACUCACCCUCAAUGUAGUGUCCCCUCCACGCCCCCACUCACCCUCAGUGUAGUGUCCCCUCCACCCCCACUCCCCCAGUGUAGUGUCCCCUCCACCCUCACUCACCCUCAUUGUAGUGUCCCCUCCACCCCCCACUCCCCCAGUGUAGUGUCCCCUCCACCCCCACUCACCCUCAUUGUAGUGUCCCCUCCACCCCACUCACCCUCAGUGUAGUGUCCCCUCCACCCCCACUCACCCUCAGUGUAGUGUCCCCUCCACCCCCACUCACCCUCAGUGUAGUGUCCCCUCCACCCCCCCU